AGUUUGUCAUCUUUAAAAAUAAAACCGCAAAGAAUUUUUUUUAAAUAUGUAAUGAUUUUACGAAUAGUUCCAAAGUUAGACAAUUGCAAAUGUCAGAUUAGAUGCAAACGGUAUAAAACACGUGUUGUUUAUAAGAGAAAAAUAAUGGAUGUUUUAUCAAGACCGGCAGAAGAAUUUGGAAAUGAUGAGUCUCUGGAAGUUAUGUGGGCUAUGAAAGCCUACGAUCACGCUCACAUUUAUUUCAAUAUACUCUGCUCAGCGGAUCCAAAACUCCUAAAACUGACUCCAAUAGAUGAUACAAUUUACAAAAUCUUCAGAGAGGAAUUCCCUACAUUAGAUCUGCAUGUAAUUGAGGAGAAUGAACUUAAAAGUACAAAGGAAAAAGCUAAGUGGAGGCCGUUUUGCGAACGUUUCAAGAACUUGGUUGAAGACUACAGCUUUGGCACUCUAGUUAGAGGAGAUGCAUCUGAAGACUACAAAGAAAAUAACACAAUCUUAGUUACCCGAAUUCAAUUUUAUGCUAUUGAAAUAGCAAGAAAUAAAGAGGGUGUUAAUGAUAUUUUAAGAGACAAAUUCAGAUCUGUUGAUGUUGAAACGGAGAGUUAGUAUUUAGAUAAACAAGGAUUAACUUAUAUGCUUUAAUAUUAAAUGACUCAUUUUUUAA